AAAUUUCUCUCUUUUGUAAUAACACUGUUUAUAUAAAAUGGGAAAGAAACAAACUGCUAGAAACCAACUUGACGACGAUUUUGAAAUUACAGGCGAUCAAACCUAUGCUCGCUCUUUAGGUCCUCGAGGAAAUCACCAACAUGAAGUCGAAUUAUUAGACGGAUCCAAGACAUUAGUGACACUUCCUCCCAAAUUCCGUAAUGUCGUUUGGCUCAAGCGAGGUCAUUAUGUUAUUGUGGAUCCUACCGUAGGCAUCACUGAAAAGGUUGGUGGAGAAAUUGCCUUUGUUCUUUUCCCCAAAAACAUUAAAGAUCUCAAAGCUGCUGGCAAAUGGUAAGAAAUAGUAUUCUCCUUCCAUUAGCCAAAACUAACUUUCAAAUAUUAAAUGUAGGCCUGCUCAAUUUUCAGAGGCA